UAGGACAUUUUCCGAGGUGCUUCAUUAUCCGUGUCUUUGCCAAUUUACAGAAGGCCCAAGCAGCAUCUUUCAUGUUAUUGCGACGAUAGUCAUCCCGUCAUGAAGGCUUGCUGUGCCAGAUAUGCUGCAUCCCUUGUAGCUCCAAACACUACUUCUAGAACAGCAAGUCUGUUGUCCCGACACAAGGCGCCUUUAGUGUCCCAAGCACUGCUCCGACGACAGAUGUCUUCAUCUCCGAUCAGAUAUGGCGCAAUGCCAAAGGAACUUCCAGGCGAUGACCCCGACGAUGUCCUAUUCAAUUCCCUAUAUGGCGUUCGAACGAUCGAGUUAAACCGACCGAAGAAGCUCAACUCUCUCAAUGGUUCAAUGGCGCGGAAGAUACUACCUCGUCUGAGAGAAUGGGAGAAGUCGCAGAUGGCAAAUGUGAUCAUGAUCACCGGAGCUGGACCGAAAGCAUUUUGCGCUGGUGGUGAUGUUGCCGAGCUUGCGUCGCAAAACAAGGAUGGCCCAGAAGGCCAGAAAAAGUCCACAGACUACUUUGGUCUUGAAUACCAACUCGAUCAUUUGAUUGCGACCUACAGUAAACCAUAUAUCGCCGUCAUGGACGGAAUCACCAUGGGUGGUGGCGUGGGCUUGUCUGUACAUGCGCCCUUCCGAAUUGCGACGGAGAAAACAGUCUUUGCCAUGCCCGAAACAACGAUUGGGUUCUUCCCCGAUGUUGGUGGAAGUUUCUUCCUUUCUCGACUAGAUGGAGAAAUCGGUACAUAUCUGGCCCUGACUUCUGAAAGACUACACGGGGUUCAAGCAUUCUAUGCUGGAAUCGCAACACACUACCUGGACAGCUCGUUGCUUCCUCAGUUGACGACGCGAUUGUCAGAGCUUGUUUUCAGAGACUACGCUAGUUUGUCAGAACGACUACAACUUAUCAACUCAACAAUCGCCGAGUUUACUAGCAGCCUACCCUCGUCUGAUUUGGGUAAAGGUUCUAGCCACGGUGAUCUAAGCGGCAAACUGCGAGAGGCCAUCGACCGAACAUUCAAGCAUGAUACUGUUGAAGGCAUCCUCAGCGCACUCGGCCAAGAGUCUCAAUCUGGAGAUGAGUACAUCUCAGAGUGGGCGAAACAAACCCAAAAGACGAUCGCUCUCAGGUCCCCAACCAGCUUGAGAGUCACUUUGCGACAAUUGAAAGAAGGCAGAAACUGGAAUAUUAGCGAGACAUUUAUCCGCGAGCACAGAAUGGCGGCCAGAUUCAUGGAACACCCAGACUUUGUCGAAGGCGUCUCGGCUCGUCUUAUCAACAAGCCCCCUACCAAACCCGUCUGGAAGCCUGCAAGCCUUGCCGAGGUCAGCAAGGAGGAUGUCGACGAGUUCUUCACCAUGUCCCCGGACUUUGAACCUCUGGCUUUGGUGGAGCCAUAUGAAGGGGCGCUUGAUCAGCACUUCACAGAGUAUCCGCAUGCAGUUUUUGCCUUACCUAGUGAAGCCGACAUUGAGCAACUUGUCAGGGCGUAUGGUCAGGAAGGGCAAAGAGCAGUCAUCGAAGCGGUUGCCAAUAGAUGGAACAACAAAGCUGGUGUCAGGGAAAAGGUGCGAGAGGUUCUUGCACGCAAGACCAGGCUUGAGGACAGAGGCAUAUCAUGGAAGCCUCAGAUGCCCAAUUUAUAGAUAGAGAGGUUUUGUAUAUGGAGAUUUGUGUCACGCUGAAAGCCCAAUUGUAUUUUCAGACCUUCAGGCC